UUCCCCUUGACUGGUGAUGCCUUUGCCCCACUGGGCAGAGUUUGGCUUGAGAAGGGCUGAUGCAGGAGGAUGGAGUUCCUUGGAACCUCUCAGACCGCCAGUUACUGCGGCUCCAAGAAAGCCUGUGGCUUGAGUGCGCUGCCUCCCUCCGUGCAGACCCCCGUGAUCCAGGAGAGCUACCAGCCCUACUACCUGCCUGGGUACCGCUACCUCAACUCAUGGAGACCCAGCCUCUUCUGCAAGGUCUCCAGCGUGCAGACCUGCCCAGAUGAGGGCACCAUGAGCCACAGCGCCCUGCGGCCACCCACCAUCCUGCCGGCCCUCCGCUCAGCACUCUUCAGUCGCUACAGCCCCCACGACUGGGACCAAUCCAACCAGCUGCAGCUGCGUGGGGCCGAGGCCUCCCGGCUGUGGGCCGGGCGGCUGAUGGGCGAUUCCAUGCGGCUCAUGCAGGACAAGGACCAGCUGACACGCCAGAUGCAGGAGGGCACCUGCCGGAACCUGGGCCAGAGACUGUCAGACAUCGGUUUCUGGAAGGCCGAGCUGGGCUAUGAGCUGGAGAGGCUCCUGACCGAGAAUCACAGUAUGGACACUGUCAAGAAACGGCUGGAAUGCGCGGCCGACGAGGUGAACUGUCCUCUGCAGGUGGCCCUGGAGUGUCUGUACCAUCGAGAGAAAAGGAUCGGGAUUGAUUUGGUCCAUGAUAUGGUGGAGAAGAACCUCAUCCGGGAGGUGGAUUUGCUAAAAUGUUGCCAAGAACAGAUGAGAAAACUAGCUCAAAGAGUAGAUAUCCAGAUACGGGAUAACCGAGAUGCUCAGCACGCUCUGGAGCGGGACUUCGAGGACAAAAGCUCAGCCCAGUUUAUCGACGAAAAGUGCUUUAACCUGAGGAACACGUCAGACUGCAUCAGCUUCUUCCACGGCAUGGAGAAAGUCGACGGCACGAUCUCCGUGCCUGAGACCUGGGCCAAGUUCAGUAAUGACAACAUCAAGCACUCGCAGAACAUGCGGGCCAACUCCAUCCGGCUGCGGGAGGAGGCGGAGAACCUCUUGGAGACCUUGUCGGAUCAGAUGUGGAAGCAGUUUACGAACACCAAUCUGGCCUUCAAUGCCCGCAUCUCCGAAGUGACGGACGUUAAGAAUAAGCUCCAGACGCAGCUGGCCAAGACGCUACAGGAGAUCUUUCAGGCGGAGAACACCAUCACGCUGCUGGAAAGGUCCAUCAUGGCCAAGGAGUGCCCGCUCAAGGUGGCACAGACAAGGCUGGAGUGCCGAACCCGGCGCCCCAACGUGGAGCUGUGCAGGGACAUCCCGCAGUUCAAGCUCGUGAAUGAGGUGUUCACCAUCGACGACACCCUGCAGACCCUCAAGCUGAGGCUGCGGGAGACGCAGGACACGCUGCAGCUGCUGGUGAUGACCAAGUCCCGGCUGGAGCACGAGCUGGCCAUCAAGGCCAACACGCUCUGCAUCGACAAGGAGAAGUGCAUGGGCAUGCGCAAGACCUUCCCCAGCACCCCGCGCCUCGCUGGCUACACCUGCACAGCCGCCCGGCCCUUCACGCCCUGCCCGGUGCCAGUGCACUGAGUGACAUAAAGUUGGAAAAGUCAGAAACACAAAAUAAA